CCCCAAUCGCGACCACAAUACCCAAAGUCAAAAUAGCACACCUACUCCCGCGCGCACAUUACAAAAUGGCCUACUAACUUCAUAUCAUCGUCCGAGAAAUCCUCUAAUCAUACGAGACAUGGUUAAGUUGACCGAAAUCUCAAAACCUACCACAACUCAAAAGCGUAGCACUUCAUGGGGUUUCAGCCUCCUGUUUUCCACGGUGGCCAUUGUUGUGGUGGCAAUGCUUGUCAUCCAGCUUGAUACUUACGAGACAGUAGCAUUUCCGCUCCAAGAAGUCAGUGAACCAAUGUACGUACCAGCCAGAAAGAACUCAGCGAGUCUUUCUGGGGUGGAAAAGGUGGGGUCCGGUCUACUGAUCGGACCCGAGGAUAUAGUCUAUGAACCAAAGUCUGGGGUCAUAUACACCGGUUGUCACGAUGGGUGGAUCAAGCGAGUCACAUUGAGUGUUUCGGUGGCGGACUUGGUGGUGGAGAAUUGGGUUCACACUGGUGGCCAACCGCUAGGGCUUGCGAUUGAUGAAUCUGGUGAUGUUUUUGUGGCGGAUGCUUAUAAGGGGCUACUUAAGGUAAGUGUAGAUGGUAAAAUUGAGUUGUUAACUGAUGAGGCCGAGGGCAUAAAGGUUGGGUUGGCAGAUGGUGUAGUGGUUGCGAAAAAUGGUAUGGUUUACUUCACGGACGCGACGUAUAAAUAUAACUAUCGGUCCGCGUUGAAUGACCUAAUGGAGGGUCGCCCUCACGGUAGGUUAUUGAGCUAUGACCCAUCGACAAAAGAAACGAAAGUGAUUGCUCGGGACCUCUAUUUUGCUAAUGGUGUCGAACUUUCACCCAAUCAAGACUUUGUGAUCUUUUGUGAGACAUUCAUGAGAAGGUGCUCUCGGUACUAUUUACACGGGGAAAAGAAGGGAUAUAUUGAUGUUUUCGCAAAGAACUUACCUGGGUUGCCGGAUAAUGUACGAUAUGAUGGCGAUGGGCACUAUUGGAUGGCACUACCAUGGGACAAUUCCCUUUUAUUUACGUAUACACAGAAAUAUCAAUUUGUGCGCAAGAUUUUUGCGUUUACCCUAAAGCACCUACGUAAAAUGCCCGAUCUCAUGAAAUUUGGUGGAGUUAUUGUGUUAGAUUUGGAAGGAAAGGUGGUGGGAGGGUAUUAUGAUGAGACAUGGGGAAUGACAUCAUCCGGAGUGAAGAUCGGGGAAAGUUUGUACUUGGGUUCGGUCGCAAAAACAUACAUAACACGUUUAAAUCUUACUCAACAUCCUCUUAGAUUGAUUUCUUGAUGUAGACCUGUUCUGGUUAAUUAUUUAAUUAUAAAGUACAGCUAUAUACUCGUAAUCUAUUCUUGCUUUUCUUGAU